CAAAAACAUCAACAUCCCACCAUUUCUUUCCACAUUACUUCCACAGUUCCACACCUCUAAUUUUCCCACAUGUAAUAUAACAUCUCCUCCUUUUCCAAUUUUAAUUUAAACCACCCCCAUUCAUUUCACUUGCAAGUUGUAACAAACUAACAAUACCCAAACUUCAGAAACCCACUAAACUAAAUCAAAAGGGCGUGUUUGUAUUGGAUGCUAAAAAUCCUUCCAACAAUAAAAAUAAUGGGAAGUGAUUACAAAAUUGAAGAAGAAAUCAGAAAACCCAGAUUUUUAUGUCUUCAUGGUUUUAGAACAAGCGGAGAAAUAUUGAAGAAACAAGUGAAUAAAUGGCCUGAAUCUGUCCGUCAAAAACUUGAUCUUGUUUUUCUUGAUGCACCUUUUCCUUCCCAAGGAAAAUCUGAUGUUGAAGGAAUUUUUGAUCCUCCUUAUUAUGAGUGGUUUCAAUACAACAAAGAAUUUACAACAUAUACUAAUUUUGAGGAAAGCUUGGAAUAUAUUGAAAAUUGUAUGAUUAAGUAUGGACCCAUUGAUGGUCUUCUGGGUUUCUCUCAGGGGGCAAUUUUGUCAGCUGCAUUACCCGGGUUGCAAGCACAGGGAUUGGCUUUGACAAAAGUGCCCAAAAUUAAAUUUUUGGUGAUAGUUUCAGGAGCAAAACUAAAGGCUGAAUCAUGGCAGAAAGCAUAUGAUUCUCCUAUUGAAUGCCCUUCAAUCCACUUUUUAGGGAAAGAAGACUUCUUGAGACCACACGGAGAAGAUCUCCUGAAAUGUGUCGUCGAUCCUUUUGUCAUUCAUCAUCCCAGGGGCCACACAAUUCCUCGAAUAGAUGAACAGUCGCUCCCAACCAUGCUUAGCUUCAUUGACAAGAUUCAGAAGAUUAUUUCCGAAGAGGGGAAAGAUGAAGAACGUAAUGGACAAUUGCAGUAUGAGACUCUACAUGCGUAAUAUAGUUACACCAUUAGUUGUUGUUCAUGUUAAAGGUGAGCAUAUGAUGCAAAAUGAGAGUAGAGAUAAAUAUGAGAAAUCAUAUGUUAAUAAUGCUUUAGCAAAUAUUUAUACCAUUGGUUUAUGUAUGCUGCAAUUCUUUGUCAGUACAGUCUCCUGUCAUUCUAAUUUUGAAGGAGAUAUUGUCAUGUAUGAUCUUGUUUUAUUGAGUAAAGUAUGAAAUCAUCUGUUUGAUAUGGGACCAUUUUUGGUCUCUAUUGGCUAA